AGAUUACCUACUCAUUGGUCAAGAAAACACAUGUUUAUUGUCAAAAUUCCAGUGAAAUCAAAUACAAGACAAGUCAAAAAAGUCAACAAAAAACGGUGAAUACCAACGUUCGGUUUACUUUUGGCGAGACAAAGUACAGCCGGGGGACCGAAGGGAAUCCAUCGCCGUCGCUUGUUACCGUGGACGCUUCCAGAAUUGUGUCGCCAGCUUGCCAUGGCCUCAAGGAAUGCACGAAGACCUCAGCAAUACCUGGUGUCACACUACGAUUUUCGGUCGAAGGGCUUCACGUACUUGUUGCUGGUAACAUCCAAAUGGGAAAUCUUACAUCGUACAUUGGUGUUGAAAAGUUGGUACCCCUGGUCCGUUUCGCACGAAAGAUCUCAGGAGUGAAAGCGGCACUAGCAAGAUCAGUCACAGUAGCUGGUGUGCCUAGCUCGAUGAGACCACAUCACCGUCCUCGCACGACUCCGACUCAUGGAUUACUAAAAACAACGUCGUUCGAGGGUGUCAUGUUGAAAUGUGGACAUGUCGGUGUGGACUGGCUAGCCGGAGAGAACAAAUUUUUCAGAGGAUCUUUUCAGGACAAAUUGUUUAGGUCGAAAUCUCUGCAGGAGUGUGGGUCAGCGAGGGUGGAGUGGGGUGGGUCCCAGAUGCCGACACACAGAAAAGCUGGAGGUGACCAGUAUUAUAAGACAUUGAGGAGAGACGUUGUGAAUUCUGGCCUCGACCUGGACAAACUUCACGUGUUGAAGAUAAGAAACAGGGAGGCAGGGGAGUCGUUCAGUAAUGGUGUGAUGACAAAGGACAAAUUUUCCAAAUACUCACCACUUCCAGCAAUAAAAAGGCCACCCGUGCUUAUGCGGGAGAAGACCUACGACGUGCUGGAGCCCGUUUAUGUGAGGGGUCCCAUCAAGGAGAAGCCAGGCCAAGUCUUUGAAAAAGAGCAGGAACCCCCAACGACAAGAGUUAAACUUCCAGAAAUAAGGCAACCCCCUAUGUCAGCCAUCGCCAAAAAGACUAGGCGCACUCCAUCCAGGAGUGAUUCAUGUACUCCGAAAAAACCCCAGCCACAGGUGCAACCGCUGGCAAUUAAAAAGGAUGCAAAGGUCAAAUCGGCACCUAGAAGACACGCUUUCAGACCUCAGGAACUUUCUAAGGAUAUUUUACCUGAAAGCCCAACAGCCUUCUGGUUCCCGAUUUAGCACUACUUUUUCGGUCUCCCUAAAAACCCACAAAAGAACAAAAAGUGAUAAUAGUUAUAUUUGUAAUUUAUUUUUGUACCAAACUGUAAGUAAAUCAAUUUUAUAUAUGACCAAAAAAUAUAUAAAA